AUGAAUGCCAUGCAUUCGAGCGUUGACCCAUCUGUUUCUCUUUUUAUUUCGCAAAUCAGAAAAACCAGAUAUGAAAACCGUGAAUCUCAGGCUCUGUACGAACUGAAAAAGCUGGCCGCAAGGGACACGAAAGACGACGAAUCUGAGCGUCAUGCAUUGUGGAAGAAGCUAUACCUUUUGAAUACCGGGAUGGAUAUAAGCAUUUUGGACUUUGUGAAGGCUACUGCUAGUUCAAAUAUAGAAGUUAAAAAGCUUGGAUAUCUAGGAUUGUUGAUGAAAGACUCACAGGAGUAUUUGAUUUUGCUGCAAAACACUCUUCAAAAGGAUUUGCUUGAUCAGAACCACGUUAAUGACACAUUGAUAUUUAUGUCAAACGAACCUGAUGAUGAGCAUACAAACAAGGAGCUGAUAAUGAAAAUGAAGACUCCAGGUGAAAGCACAAGAGAGUACCUGAAGUACCUCAUCGCCAGAAGCAAGUAUGAAUGCACUCUGCACUUUUCCUUGAUUUCAUUGUCUGAGCCGUGUCUUUAUGUAAAGAUUCAGAUAGUCUUGAACCAAAGGCUGGAAAAUAGAAUCAGCGAGAGAGAAGCUAAAUGGCUGCUUUCAAGAGCUGCAUCUCUAAAAUGCCAAUUUACCAAGCUUAAAAUGCUACAACUUUUUCACCGUAUGUACUUGGCAUCCAGGCUACCCAUCGAUGACUGCAUAGUCCAACUUUUGAAGAGCCUUCUGGUUCAUCCUAGUGCUAAAGCCAAAAAACAAAUAGAAAUCGCCUUGGCACUCGAAUCAAUGAAGCUUUUGGUGGCCAUUGGACAUACAUUAGAGAGGAUUGAAGAGUUCAUUUUCAGAUUAAUCAACUCUAAAAAUGCAAACUCCGAGUUUCUGGGCUUCAAAUAUGCAGCAAUGCUUAAAAUAAUGCCUGAAAUUGUCAUCACAAGGAUCUUCGAGGUUGGAAUUGAUAAAAGGCUGUAUUUUGAUUCGCUCAACAGCUUAAUUGAUAAAACAAAUUUCAGAAGGGUUUUUCAAAGGCUAAAUGAGCUGAGGCGGGCUAAUGUUUCUGGAAGAAUGGAUAUCUUAAGGCGCGAGCAGCUGCUUGGCUUGCUACUAAUGAGGCUUUGUGAGUUUGGCGACCAGGAGUUCAUUUGCAAGGUGGUUUAUGAAAAUCCAAAGCUAUAUGAAAAGAUACGACACAGGCAUCUCAUUUCAAAAGAGCAGUGCAAAGAGUUUUUCAAAAUGAUUGUGCAGUCAAGGUCGCCAGAGCAUUUCCUUAUGAUCUACGAUCUGUUUCCAGCCAAGCCUAGAUCUAAAGAAAUGGUUGCAGAAAUUGGUGCAAAUCACAUGUUAGCGCUUGUGCGAGCCAAAGUUGAAAACUUGAAGUGUAUACUAGGAGGCCUAAUAGAUUUCUUGUGUAUGCAUGGCGAUCCGUGUUUGAACAGAGGUCGCUUAGUUGAUGUUCUAAGACAAGAAGAGAGUGUUGAUCACAGUGCCGAUUUGUAUUUCAAAGAAAUUGAAGCAUUCAAUUUAGUACUAAGUGAAAGAAUGUUGUAUAUUGGAAGCAAGGAAUUCUUGGAAUAUUCCAUCCAGAAUGGUAAGAUUAAGAUCUCAUAUCCAAAGCACAUUGAUUCUGUCAAACUGAAGACGCUUAACUGUCCAGACGAGGAUGAGUCCAAUGUAGAAAACAACCAGGUUGUUAGGGUCUAUAACAUUGGGAAUCAUCGAAGCAUUGAAAUUGAGGUGGAAAAUAGAGGCGUAGGCACCAGCAGACGAAUUUUGGUCUCAAAAUAA